UGAGGCUCAGCCCUCACGGUUGGGCUACCGGCGACUCCAGCACUGCCCCCACUGGCCAAGACGCGGGCUGGGCCCGCCUGGACUGGUUCCACCCUCACGAACGCGCGGGUGCAACACAGACAGCGGUCACCCAUGUCAUUGUUCGCCCACCACCGCGCUGCGCUCAACGCAUCCCGGCGUCUCCAGCGGUUCGUGCUCGACCUGCUGAGCUACGGUGGCCGCCUCGGCAGGGCAGCAUUGGCCGAGCGCCGGUGCACUCCAGCAAUGGUUCUCUCUCUACCGGCGAUGUAGCAAUUGCGACAAUGUUCCAGCGCCUGACCGAUGACGUCCUGAUCUCAUGGGAUACCAUCCAUAUCUACGUACUGGACUGUUCACUCAUCAGAGCCGGAUCCUCGUGCGGCUCGGAGAUCGGCAGCCGCUGUCUCGAUCCCUUCGCCGUCGAUCGCUGCCUGCCCGAGACAAGGCCAAGGUUUUGUUGAACAUGCGGCUAUAUCCAUUCUCACGCAUCAGCGUGUGUUGCUAGCAUGCUUCCUGGAGCCAAAAGCACUAUCUGGUCGCUGAUCAGAGACGAUGCCUCACACGGUAAAAGCAACAUCUCGCAGCAUGUCCCACAGCAACCCGAAAGGGGCCACGGGUUCGCUCGGUCUCGACAGCGCACGAACAGGGGUGAGCUGGUAGGCACAGCUAGUACUACUAGUACUACUAGUUGUCCCUCGGCCUGGGCCAGGGGCGUGGCCCACCCAAGAGAAAACGUGGGUGACAACCAGGAGCUCGGAUGGCGCCGCUAUCACCACUCCCCUCACCGCGCUGCACCGCUUCCUGGCGCGCAGCAGCAGCAACACCACCACCCAGCUAACGGAGGACGGCCUGGUCCCUCCAGGUGGAUGCCGCCGGCGGUACCGUCUGCCAGCAGACAUGCUCGUUCCGCCGAGCCGGGUUGCUUGCCUGCCUGUUUCGCGAUACCAUGCCUGCCGACUCGCGGAGGUAUAAUACUCGCAUGUCGGGGCGCGAGGCCCUCCUCGUCACCUUUUCCGUUUGAAACCCCGUUUGUCCGCCCGUCUGCGAGCGCUCGAGUCCCGUCAAGUUCAGUCUUUGUCAGUGGCGCCUUGGCUUCGACCAACUCUCCAGCCCGUUCAAGUAGCUCCCAGGCCAGGCGCUACGCACUCUGAGAUCCCAUACUACCUACACAGGCCGCAUACCCCUGUCCGGGCCACUCAGUCCGGCGCCUCCACCACUAGAAGCAUCCAUCGGGGGGAAGUGCCCGCACCGACGCCUCCCGCCUUUGGUUCAAGUCCUGAACUUGGACAUAGCUUUCGUUUUAACCGCCCCUGCUUUGCCUGUCAAAACAUCGCUUCGUUCUCUCGCUCGCUCUUCGCAAAAGUUUGGUCGGCCUACAGCUUGAACCGCCGGCCUGAUCCUUCUCUCUGCUGUUUCCUGGGCUUUGGAAAGACUCAAGACAGCUCAUUACGUCCUCUCAAAUUUCGGCUCAUCAACUUAAGCCUCGAGGCGCUGGCAACGCCGCUUCGUCACCACCACAGAUCUGUGAUAGUGUCUCACCCGCUUACAACGUCACCGCUCUCAUCCGCACAGAAAGCCAAGAGCCCAGGAGCGCGUCUUGAAGCUCCCAGAGCUUCGGACUGGACAGUCCACGUCCUAGGGCGCAAAACGAUUCCUUCCUGUUCAACGUUCAGUCAUAGCCACAAUGGGACUCGGAAGCUACUUCAAGGCCAAGAAGCCUGAAGAGGCGGCCGCUGCUUCGGCGUCAGUCCCAACGUCGGCUCCCCCACGCAUCCAGCGCAACCAACCGUCUGCUUUAUCCGAGAAACAUGCAUCAUCAACUAUCAGUGGAAACGAUAUGGAGUUGCAGCCCCCGACCCCCCGGUUUCACUCUCGUCCACAGUCGAGUUCCGGACGCUCGACGCCCUCAACACGUAGCUCCAUGUUCCUCGACGACAUCAAGCACGAGGUCAUGGUUAACUACCUGUACCAGCAGCAGUGCUCUCAACUCUGGGUCAGUGACGGGUCGGGAGAGAUUGAAGGGGUUCUGCUGCGAAAGUCACGCGGUCACUACAUGGCCUGCCCCCCUCAGCUUGGCAAUUCUCCGUUUGCCAUGGCCUGCUCUGCGAUGAAUGUCCAGUGCUCUAUGACCGUGAACUCUCGAGUCAUCAAGACGUUCCUUCAGUGGUCCCCCGACGCUGUGGACGUGCCCUUGAUGAAUGGUCUGCGGGUCCAGAUUCUGCCUACCAUCGACGACCUGCCUCGUGCACGAAAACAUCAAUUCGCUGCGUUUGUGGCCUCAGAGGGGCUUCUCAUCGUCUGGGACGACGAUCCUCUUCACCUGGUCCAGCGCGCGAAGGCGAUCGAGUCCGAACUCAUGGAACUCGUGUGGAAGGCCGGCAAUAUCGAUGAGGAAGAAGACGAGAAGCGAGGCGGUGCCGUCGCCGAGGCCGAAAUCGACGAAGAGAGUGGCGAGAUCAAGCCCGAGAAGCGCCCCAUUCACUUGCAAAACACGGUUCUCGUCUCCAUCACACUCAUCCUCGUCACCGUCUCUCUCGGUGCAGCCUGGAGACAGCUCGCCAUUGAGGUGUCUGUUGAUGGUGACUACACUCGUCUCGGCUUGGUAGCCCUCGCUCCCAUCCAAAUCUUCUUCACCCUCUUCUUCGCUCAGGUCAUUGUCGGUUGCCUGGCCCAGAUCUUUGGCCCUAUCCGUCAGCUCACCAUCAACUCCAAAUUCUACUCAGCUCGCCCGCCGCCCCGGCUGCAGACCCCUGUCCUUCCGCACGUUACCAUUCAGUGCCCGGUAUACAAGGAGGGUUUGCAAGGUGUCAUCAUUCCCACCGUCAAAUCCAUCAAGCAAGCCAUGUCCACCUACGAGCUUCAGGGCGGCUCGGCCAACAUGUUCAUCAAUGACGAUGGUUUGCAGCUGAUCUCCGAGGAGGAUCGCCGUGCCCGCAUCGAAUUCUACGCCGACAACAGCAUCGGUUGGGUCGCCCGCCCCAAACACGGCGAAAACGGUUUCCUCCGGAGGGGCAAGUUCAAGAAAGCAUCCAACAUGAACUUCGCCCUUAUGAUCUCCUGCAACGUCGAGGAGAAGCUCCUGGCCAUCAACCGAUCGCCUGAUUGGAGUCAGCACGACGAAGCACAGGCCUAUGAGCAGGCGCUGAAGGAGGUCCUGGAGGAGGACGGCCGUGCCUGGGCUGACGGCAACAUUCGCGUUGGCGACUACAUCCUUCUCAUCGACUCCGACACCCGUGUCCCUGCCGACUGCUUCCUCGACGCUGUAUCUGAGAUGGAGCAGUCCCCCGACGUUGGCAUCAUGCAGUUCUCGUCUGGCGUCAUGCAGGUCGUCCAUACGUAUUUCGAAAACGGCAUCACCUUCUUCACCAACCUCAUUUACUCGGCAAUCCGAUACACCGUCUCCAACGGUGACGUUGCCCCUUUUGUUGGCCACAAUGCCAUCCUUCGCUGGUCUGCCAUUCAGCAGGUAUCGUACCAGGAUGAGGACGGUUACGACAAGUUCUGGUCCGAGAGCCAUGUGUCUGAGGAUUUCGACAUGUCGCUGCGUCUGCAGGUCAACGGCUACAUUAUCCGAUUGGCCGCGUGGGCCGGCGAGGGCUUCAAGGAGGGUGUGUCGCUCACUGUGUAUGACGAGCUGGCCAGAUGGGAGAAAUAUGCGUAUGGCUGCAACGAGCUGCUCUUCCACCCGAUACGCACGUGGCUUUGGCGCGGCCCUUUCACGCCAUUGUUCCGCCGAUUCCUGUUCUCAAACAUCAGAUUUACCUCCAAGAUCACCGUCAUCUCCUACAUUGGCACCUACUACGCCAUUGGGGCGGCGUGGAUCAUGACGGCCGCCAACUAUUUCCUGAUGGGAUGGUUCAACGGAUACCUCGAUAAGUACUACGUCGACUCAUGGCAGGUGUGGUUCUCCAUCAUUAUCGUCUUCAACGGUCUUGGAAAUGUCGCCCUUGCGGUCAUGCGUUACCGUAUCGGUGAGCGCAGCCUGCUGUACGCUCUCUUUGAAAACUUCAAGUGGACCAUCAUGUUGGCCAUCUUCCUGGGCGGCCUUUCGCUGCAUGUCAGCCAGGCACUUUUGGCGCACAUGUUUGAGAUCAACAUGACUUGGGGUGCCACGAGCAAGGAAGCCGAAUUCUCCAACUUCUUCAUCGAGGUGCCCAAGGUCCUGAAGAAGUUCAAAUUUUCGAUGAUCUUUGCUCUGCUCUUCAUUGCUGGCAUGAUUAUCCUUGCCGUCGCGCCAUUCGUUCCCCACGACUGGCGCAUCACCGACUUCGUCGCCAUUUUGCCCAUGGCUACCGUUGCUGCUAGCCACUUCCUCUUGCCACUCGCUCUCAACCCCGCCCUCAUGACCUUCUCCUGGUAGAGAAGUUGUAUCUAACAGAUGCCACAACCGGUAACUACCAACAAAACACUCGCGUACCCACAUGCGCGCGCGCAUUCUCUACGACAACCUUUUUUCAUAUAGACAGGCCCGGAGUUCACAUGGAUAUUUUGUCGUCUCUUGUCCCACUACAGCAUACAUUAUAAUUUUGACAUAUAAUAUGUUGCAGCGGCCGCUGUGGGCGGCUUGCAUGACGCGCGACGACCAAAGCGGUUGCCAUGGCUGCCGCAGCGCCGCCUCGCAGUGCGACUCACUGGGUCACACCCGCAAGAACGGCGUACAUAAGGGAGGAGGGAAAUACGGGGUGCCACCAAAACGGCGUCCGUGUUCUAGGUGGGAAGCUAUCUAUGAUGUACUUUUUUGCAUAUCGGAGGCUGCUGUUCUGACGGGAGGGGGGCCAUGCACGCAAGGGACCAGCCCCUUGCUGGGCAGGAGGUCACAGGAGAAGAGUCUCUAGUAGUGCCAACCAAUUGCACAAAGCUACGUGUAGCUGAGAUAGUCAAGGCAUUGGGCUAGCAAAAUAGAAUCACGACGUUGACAGUCGA